UAACACGAGUUUAUGUUCUCUACGCGGCUCUGUUCAUGCACCGGCAGCAUAAUUACCUCUUUUUGGAUACGUUGAGUAGACCGAUCGGCGGACCGGUUACAAUGCCGUAAAGGUUUGUGAAUCAAACCGUAUUCUCAUGUAAGUUACGCCUCUGUCCAUCGUGAGUUAAUGGUGGCGUAGCUCAGCUACGUGCUAAUGUUAUGGGACUGAACUGCAGGAUUCGGUGAUUGACAGGCAGUCUGAGGCGUUGCGUUGCGAAAUCAAGCAAGUUAGAUGUAAAUAGAGCGAUUUUUGAUAUAUUUUUUAAAUAAUUUGUCUCUUUUUUUAAAGGAAACGAGGAAGCUAGAUAACGUUACAACCUCCGGGCCGAAGGAUCGCGAGCUGCGCAGCGUGUCUUUGGUCACGUCACGUUCGACUUCAGUGACCGACACCAACAUAUCAUGGGGACCUGAAGUUAAUUCUGCUUAAUAACAUCAUUUUACCGCAAAGUUGGUUGUGAAAAUGUCUGGUUUUACGGAUCUCCGGGAUAAGCUGAAGUCAAUGACGCCUCACAGGGACAAUUAUAAAAAAGUUUUUGAGCACAACAACGGCGAAAAGCGCAAACACCGUGAGUCGGAUGACGAAGAGAGCGAGUACGAGGAGCGUCGCGACGCGGAGGCCCGCAAAGUGAAAAGCGGCAUAAAGCAGGCGAAUAUUUUCACGCCGGAGGAAUGCGCGCGCAUCGAGGCGAAGAUCGACGAAGUGGUUGCAAAGGGAGACAAGGGGCUCUACCGGGAGCACACGGUGGACCGGGCGCCCCUCCGGAACAAGUACUUCUUCGGGGAGGGCUACACGUACGGGUCCCAGUUAGAGAAGCGCGGCCCUGGGCAGGAGCGCUUGUACUCCAAAGGCGAGGUGGACGAUAUCCCGGACUGGGUGCACGAGCUGGUCAUCGAUCGGCUUGUCGCGCACGGCGUCAUACCGGAGGGCUUCGUGAACAGCGCUGUGAUUAACGAUUACCAGCCCGGGGGUUGCAUCGUGUCCCACGUGGAUCCUAUUCACAUCUUCGAGCGGCCGAUCGUGUCCGUGUCAUUCUUCAGCGACAGCGCGCUCUGUUUCGGAUGCAAGUUCAACUUCAAGCCCAUUCGCGUGACCGAGCCCGUGCUCCACCUGCCCGUGCUGCGCGGGAGCGUCACAAUCCUCAGUGGCUAUGCAGCUGAUGACAUCACACACUGCAUCCGCCCACAGGACAUCAAAGAGAGAAGAGCCGUGAUCAUUCUGAGAAAAACAAGACAAGAUGCCCCACGCCUGGACUCAGAUUCACUUAGCCCAUCCUUACAUUCUUCUGAGAAACGACGCAUACUCAAAGCCAAACGCUCGCACCGCAAGGCUGAUCCAGAUGCUGCGCACAGGCCUCGUGUACUGGAGAUGGACAAAGAACUGCAGAGGCGCUCGCUGUCCUCACGACAGAGACAGCACAGCGACAACGGUUCAGAAAACUCCAGGAGAAGAGUCGAGGAGAGAGAGCCGAGCUCACGCUACACGCACUCUCACAACACACACGACCACGCCCCCGCACGGCGAGUCAAGAUGAGACGUCACUGAAAUCGCGAUCAGAACUGAGGCGACUUUAAACGUGCUCAUGGGGAGGAGACAUUAGAUGGAGAGCUCACAGAGACAUAAGAUGGAGACUGCAGGAUGUUAUGCUUUGUAUAUUAAGAGGCUUGAGCUGUCUUUUCAGACAUAUCGAAACAUGUUACUUUAAGAUCCACUUUAUUUUGUUGUGUGCUAGAAAGAAACGUAUGGAAUAAAAAGAACAUCGAAACUGA